CAGCGCUAUCUGCUGGGUUUGGGUUAGACCGGCGCGGCUACUGAGCCGGCUCCUUGGAAGGCGGGUGGGGAAGGGACAUCGUGUCCUCUAGGCAGCCCUGCGGCCGAAGAGGAAGCAGAGAUGGACCGAUUGAUAUCCCAGGUGGUCUGCACCUGUCACCCUCUGAUGGCCUCCGGCUUCCUCCGUGCGCGCCUCCAGGAACAAGGUCCUUUAUAAUCACCACGGGAGGCCCGGGGUUGAUCACGCGGCCGCGUGGCCCCAGGUGAAACCUUCGGCACUCCUCGUUCACUGCUGGCGCGAUUUUACAGAAGGGAACCGAGGCCCCAGGAGUGGAGGGAACUGGCCCAAGGUCACUUCGUAGUCCAAGGCCGAGCCUGGGUCGAAGCCACUCAAGCAGCCCUUGGAAGGCACUGCGUGGUCCCGACCCAUCUCCCGACCUUGCUCUACGUCGGUCCCCCUCCUCCCGUGGCCUCCACUAGGCUCUGUUGUAGGGGUUUUGGCAGCGCCUCCUCCGCGUCUGCUGUGCUCGGAAAGGAUGCUGGACAGCGGUGAGGCCACGAGUCCAGUCGCGUGAGCACGAGCAGAGCCAGGAGCCACCAGAAGGAAGCAGAUCAUCUUACAACUUGGUGCCAUGAUGCUGGCCGCCCGUCUCUCCAGACCCCUGUCACAGCUCCCAGGAAAAGCCCUAAGUGUCUGUGAUAGAGAAAAUGGGACAAGACACACACUGUUGUUUUACCCAGCCUCCUCCAGCCCUGACACCUGUCGGACCUACACCAGUCAGGCAGAUGCGGCUAGUGGCAAAGCUGUCCUGGUUACAGGCUGUGACUCUGGAUUUGGGUUCUCUUUGGCCAAGCAUCUGCACUCAAAAGGUUUCCUUGUAUUUGCUGGAUGUUUGUUGAAGGACAAAGGUGAUGCUGGGGUCAGGGAGCUGGACAGCCUGAAGAGUGACCGGCUGAGAACCAUCCAGCUCAAUGUCUGCAACAGUGAGGAGGUGGAGAAAGCGGUGGAGACCGUCCGCUCCGGCCUGAAGGAUCCCGAGAAGGGAAUGUGGGGCCUGGUUAACAACGCAGGCAUCUCAACGUUUGGGGAGGUGGAGUUCACUAGCAUGGAGACAUAUAAGGAGGUGGCCGAAGUGAACCUCUGGGGAACCGUGCGCACAACAAAAUCCUUCCUUCCCCUUCUCCGAAGAGCCAAAGGCCGUGUUGUUAACAUCAGCAGCAUGCUGGGUCGCAUGGCCAACCCAGCCCGCUCACCAUACUGCAUCACCAAGUUUGGGGUAGAGGCUUUCUCGGACUGCCUACGCUAUGAGAUGCACCCUCUGGGUGUGAAGGUCAGUGUGGUGGAGCCUGGCAAUUUCAUAGCUGCCACCAGCCUCUAUAGCCCUGAGCGUAUCCAGGCCAUUGCCAAGAAGAUGUGGGAUGAGCUGCCAGAGGUCGUCCGCAAAGACUAUGGCAAGAAGUACUUCGAUGAAAAGAUUGCCAAGAUGGAGACCUACUGCAACAGCGGUUCCACCGAUACGUCCUCCGUCAUCGAUGCUGUCACCCAUGCCCUGACUGCCGCCACCCCUUAUACCCGCUACCAUCCCAUGGACUACUACUGGUGGCUGCGGAUGCAGGUCAUGACCCAUCUUCCUGGAGCCAUCUCUGACAAGAUCUACAUACACUGAAGAGCUGAAGAGGUCCCUGCAGCCUCUGCCAGGGAGCCUGGUGGGAGGGAGUUCAUACAGUUACCUUCUGAUUAACCAUUGUGGGUUGUCCACUGUCUUAGGAAGACCUACUUUAACCUUACGUGUUCAAUGUGGUGAAUGGUUUGGGCCUUCACAAAUAUGGGGCACUGGUGGGUGGCCCUAACCCUCAAGGCCAAUAUGGUGCUUCUAUCUAUCUCUCUAGAGUUGAUUUUAUAUAAAGAUUUGUGGGAAAUACCUUUAUAUUAAAGACGUUAUUAGAAUAGAAUCCAAAAUCAUUUUCAAGCCAGAAUAUCCAUCCAAAAUAUGUAUCCCAUUUGAUCCUUAAGUAAGUCUGAUGAGUAAAAAGAACAGAAUUUUUUUUCUUGUGUGCAUGAAAGAAUUUUCAGGUCAUGGAGGACAUACAAGAUACCUCUUUCAUUGCCUCCAAGGGGUCCCUCUAGUGUUCUGCCAUUGCUGCAAAAGCUAAACACAUUUGUGUUCCUCAGGUACUUGGACCCGUCAGUCCAGGAACCCUCUGACAGCUCUAUCCUCUCCUGAGCCAGUCACACCAGAGGCUGCCGUGUGUUAUCUCUGCACGUCCACGGCACGGUGUGACUGGUGGCCAGCAGCCAGUGACUAUCGGCUGGCUGGGUAGGGGAUCUCGAGAUUCUCAGCUGAGAUUCCAACCCUGUCUUUAGAGACUCGAGUUAGAUCUGGGUGGAUAUGCUGUUUGGCUAUGAGUGCAGCUUGGUUUUGCUUCUUAGGACAGCAUUGGUGCUAUGCUUGGUGCUGUAGAGACCAGUGGUGCCAAGGCUGGGCACCGAGACCCUUCCCAGCAGUGCGUCUAGACGCCUGAUUGUCUUGUGUGCUCAUGUGGUGCUCCUACGAGUACACACACACACACACACACACACACACACACACACACACACACACACACACACACACCUGCUCCACAGGACUUCAGGGGAUGACUUCAGGUCACCUCUUCGUAUUGGGAACUUUUUAAUUAAGCUGAGAUAUUGCUAGGUGGCCUGUGUUGCCAAUCAAGGAACCUUUGAAUUUGAAGGACGCUUGUCCCUGGAGUUUCCAGGGUCUGAAUAUUUGGAUCCAAACCAAAUUCCACCGUGCUGCAGGUGGCUGCAAGUCUUGGGCAGGGUAUUUAAGCGCCAGCUUUGCACAUCUCAGUACACAUUUGUGUGUCUUGAUGCAAAGUCUAGGACCGCCACUAGAGGGCGCCCUCCCUCCUCAGCUAGAGCUUGCUCAGGCCCGGGAGUUUCCGUUCACACAAGCUUGAGGUCUUUCCAGGAGUGUUUGACCACCUACUUGGACACUGCCUGGGAACAAAGAGCAAAGCAGAGCCCCCUUGGAAACUGAUCCUACACUCCUAGCAACUGUCUAGCCUGAAACUGGAGCCCAGAGCCAGGAGAAAGCAAAGGAACCUGGACAGCCACAGCAGGGUGCAGGCAGUGCUGAGGUACAGAGGGUCCCACAGAGAGCGAAUUCAGCCUGCCUUUGGGGCUUUUGACCCCUCUGGAUUUAAACAGGAGUGCACUGUUCUGGGUCCUGUCUUUAGAGCAAAGCAGCUAAGUCCUGGGAGGAGGGAAGGAGAGAGGGAGCCAGGGCCCCAGGGCCCACAGAGGGACUCCAGAUGACCAGUUUACCUGACAGCAGGAUGCGGUUUGUACCACAGAGCCUGCCUCCUGCUGGGGUCUUUCAGUGGCUUCUUACGCCUUGGGGGAAUUGUAUUCAUGUUUAAUAAAGAGAUUGGUCAUGACA